ACUGUCUGUCGUCAAACUAAAAAGAAUAAGUUCCGUAUCUAGGCACCGGGGGAAGCAUAAAGCGGGGUGUGAGAAUGCCUCCAUCAGAGCGUCUUCCCCUGGAACAGGUCUUAGAAAUCGUUUCAGCUCUGGAGGCAGUCGUCCUUCGUAGUUUCGGUCCUGAGGGAGGCCAGGUGCUUUUUACCCGAGACACAGGACAGGCGAUGUUGAGCCGUAGUGGCACAUGCAUUCUUUCUGCGCUGCAUCUGGAGCAUCCUCUGGCCAGGGUGGUGGUGGAGAGUGUCUGGAAACACAGCAGAGGAACAGGCGAUGGAUCUAAAACCUUUAUCCUGCUUCUGGCAUCGUUACUGAGAGGGAUUUCUAAAGCAACGAGCAGAGGGCCCAGUGCGUCUCACGCGUAUGGCUUCACAGAAGCCGCAAAGGCUGCUGCUGCUCCAUACUUCGCCAACAAACUGCUGGAACUUGUGUCAUCAGACCUGGAUGACCUUAUUGCCGUAAACGUUGUCCCAUAUGGAUUCUGUGUGUCACUUGAAGACUUCACAACACACAGCGGCAGGUUACUUCUGGCUUCAUUCUUCCACACACGUGUUAGUCAUGUGCACUGUAGCUAUUUAAGCGAACUUACGUGCGAAAUGCUCAAUCGCUGGAAGUAUAAAAGUGACCUUCCUUACAUCUCAUUUCAGUUUCUGAGUGAUAACUUCCCCGCUCUUCAUACGCCUGUUUCCGGCUUCCCUGUCAGCUCUUCGCGUUUAAUCGAAGGGCAGGUGAUUCACAGAGAUUUUGCUACACCGUGCCUCCCAAGCAAACAGCAGCCAGUAAAAGUGGUCGUUUUCACAGACUACAUGCAGCCAAUAUUGCUGAGUACAGGAGACGUGCUGAAGCUGGGCUAUGGGGGCGGGGUAACUCCGGAGAGCAGUAUUGUGCAUUUUAGCGCCUGGACAGAGAGGUCACUGGAGAGCGUAAUUGCGGAGCUGCAGAGUUUGGGCGUCUCUCUGCUUUUGUCAGCUGUGAAGCAGUCUGAUGCGGCCGUGGCAUUAGCCACACAGGCACACAUGAGCCUCGUGGAGUGUGUCAGUGAAGAGGAGCUGUCUCUCUUUGUGCAGCUAAGUGGGGUCACACCGGUUUCACGCGGCUGCACCAUUCAGCUAGAGCACGUUGCCGCACUCUCGUUCUGUCGACCAAUCCUACUUGGAGGCCACAGGUAUGUGCAGGUGGCUUUCUGUGAGUCGCCAAAGAGUAGCAAAGUAAAUCCCUGCAGCCUUGUGAUCUGCGGCCCUGGAGAGGGGCAGACAGACCAAUAUAUAUGUGCAAUACGUGACGCCGUGUGCAUGCUAAUGACCACCUGGGAGCCCAAGCACACAAGUGAAACUACAGCAUCACGUGGGACCUUACAAUCAGACAAAGGCACCGCCUCCUUAGAUAUGACCCCUACAUUCCAAAGCACAGCAAACAAACCCUAUGGUCUUAAGAAGUGUGUGUUUGAGCCAGGUUGUGUAAUACCUGCAGGAGGGACAUUUGAAUUUCUCUUGAGCAGAGCCCUCCCGAAUCCUUCCAGUGAUACAAACGGACUUCCUUCUGUUUCGCAGCUCCUGGCUAACGCCCUCUUGAGUGUUCCUCGCCAGAUUUACUCCCACAGUCCAAAACUUUUUCUGCAGGCUCAAACCAGGAUUAUGAGUUUAGUCCAAAAUCCCUCUAACCCUUUCAGCCUCGGACUGAAAGAGUCAACGCCAGGGCCCAUGGUGGACUUGGGCCUCGAAUCUGUCACCUGUAAAUACCAGCUGAUUUUGGCUGUGGUCCAGUGUGCAACCAGUGUUCUCCGAGUGGACACGGUGCUGCAUACACGCACCGCAUUACACACACAAUCAAAGAAGCACACAAUCUUUUCUCGGGCCAGCACAGAGGAUGAAGCAGAAGACUGAGAUUCUCAUCGGCCCCUCAGACAAUCAUACAGCUGAAAAAUAUUUUCCCUCUACAGAUGUGUACAGCUAUAUUUUAAUAGUUUUAUUUUAUGGAUUAUUAAAGCGUAACUAAUACUGA